AUGACUUCUUUGUUUUUUCAACGAGCUGAAAAAUCAGAAAUUAAUUCUUUAUUUUGUGAGAGUUUCCUUGGUGAAACAGUUGUUUCAGAUCUAGAAAGGGCUAUUGCAGGAAUCAAUUUAAAAUCAAAAGCAAAAGUUGUCAUAAACUGCUCAACAGAUGAUAUAUUUUAUGCUGUCAAAUUCAUUCCAAAAGAAAUUUCUUCGAAAAACAUUUCAAAAUGUACAAAAUUCGACAUAAAAUCUUCUUCAAAGAACGUUUCAAUGAUAUUUAACAUUAAAACUUCAUUUUUCAUUAUUACCUCUAAAAGUAAUAUAACUUUAUCACAAAGUUCCAACAUUAUCUCAAGGAUUUCUUCUGCAUUUGUUUCAUUAGGCAUCAAACUACCAUUUUUCAUUCAAAUAGGAGCUAAAGAAAGUCACAAAUAUAUCGGAAAAAUGAUUACAAAGCAGUUAAUUUACAAUUACGAUAGUCAUUCACUACAAAAAGAGUAUAAUCUAGCAACCAAGUCAAAUAUUGAUUCUCUUCUUCAACCAGAAAUAUCAGAAAAGUCAAAAGAUAAUAAUUCAUAUGAAAAUUUCCAAAUCAGCUCAAGAUUUAUUUUUAAUUCCUUAAAUAAAGACAAAGACUUAACAGCUAUAUUUGCAUUUCCGAAAUUACCAUAUUCUGAGUUCAAAGACUACAAUGUUGCUCUUGCAUCUAAAGCUUACGCUCAAAUUAAUUUCAAACCUCCGGAUGCACAAGAAUCUAUGCUUAAAAAAGCAAUUAAAUAUGCAUCAAAUCAAGCAACCCAUUGGCCCACAACCGAAGUUAAAUCAAAUACCGCUAAAAACCUGUUUUCCAAGGUAAUUCCAUUAAAUUGCGAGCGAAAACUCAAAGGAGCGGUUCCAGGAGGUAUCCUAGAGCAAAUUGCUCAAACAAUGUAUAACGAAUCCUUCACAACCAUGUGGUUAUCUUUCAUCCAGCUCCUUACAGAACACGUAAAUCAAAAAAAGCCCAUUGAAAAUCCAAAAAGUGACAAAAUGAAUUCCCUCAUGCAACAGAAAUUAAAUAUGUUUAAUUCUGCGCUAUAUAGUCACUCUUCAGGUCGUUCAUGCUAUCAAUGCUCAGUUUGUGAUGACGAUCUCGAAAAAUUAAAAAUUGAAAUUAAAAAAUUAGCUGCAGUUUUACCGGAAACCACAUAUGAAAGGUUAGAAGAGAUAGCCAAUGCUAUUAUUGACUUCAGAGGAAAGAAUGAAUUCGCUACUUACGAUGCAUUUAAGCAAUUCUUCAAUUCUCAGUCUAAAAGAGACGAAUCCAAAGAGAUUUCGUUACUUUGGGACCAAAUACCAUCACAUUUGACCGAAUCCAAAGAAGGUUUGGAUGUUUCUUUGACAUGGUUCAAAACAAUUUCGCCUGCAGAAGUUCAUUUAGAGAUGAUUUUGAUUUUGGUAUCAUCAGAACUGAGAAAUCUCACAGGAGGUGCUGAAAUGAAAGGCGCCUUUGCACAACAAGCACUUGCAAGAGCUGUUUCUAAAGCUACAACAUUAGAAACGUUCGCGAGAUUGCAAGCACCAUUAGAUUUCUUGAAAAGUGCUGAUGACAUAGCAAACAUCAUUUCUGAAGGAACUGUUGGUGUCGAGAUGUUGAAGAAUGCAAUGAAACUGUUCCCAGGAGCAACAGAUUUCAUUGACGCAUUGAUGAGGAAUGGUUUUGCUCAGGCAAAUGGAGAUGCAAGACAAAAAUUGGCUGAUGUUGUAAAUGGAAAGAAUGUAAUUAAGUUCGAACAAUCAAUUUCUGUGACUGUUUCUGGUGAAAAGAAGGAUAAGAAAGUGAGAGUGUUCAUGGGAACUGAAAGAAAGAAAACUGUUAUUGGAGUAACAAAUGUUGAAUCAAAUCAUUCUUUUUAA